CGUCGUUUCGGAGGAAGACAGUUUUGGUUCAGCCAAGCUGACAAGAAGACAAAAUGGCAACAUGCCCGCCAGCAUUGUCAGGAUAUGGGAGCGAGCAUGGCAAGCGUCCAGUCGUCUCAGGAACAAGCUUUCAUUGACCAGAUCGUCCCCAGUAACACCCCUGUUCUCCUGGGUAUGACGUGUGACAAGAUCACGGGUAACGGGGAUGACUCAGGAUGUGGCUGGGAGGGCGAUGAACCUGUGACAUAUGCGAACUGGCGGAGUGGCGAACCAACAUUCACAGGCAAGAAAAAAAAGAGGUACACGGUGACAAGGAAUGGAGAAUGGUACACAGUAGGCGAGAAUGAUAAGCACUAUGUUGUUUGUGAGAGACCAGAUCUGGACUCGACAACUCAGACUGCCAUCAACACGCUGGUGCCUAAAGUAGACCCAACCCCACCCGGAGGUGCCAGUGACCACUCAGGAAGCGAAGAAUCCAACAGCACCUCUGCAGGUUCUGGUUCCGACAAGGCGAAAAAGAGUAAGAAAAGCUCAUCAGAAGAAGUAUCAGCAGCGUCCGGUAAGUAA